CGGGGAGGAACUGCGGGUGUUUAUAGAAGCCUCCAGGUCCUCCUCAAAGCAGUUCGUUCGUCACUGACUCCCGCGGAGACUCCGACCGGGAACUUACCCCUUCGUCCUCCCUCCUGGCUUGAGCAGCCGCCCCCACACCCUCCCGGGCUACGUAAAGGCGCACAAGAUGGCGGGGGGUCGGGGUGGUAGGAAACGUUAGGGGCGAAGCGUGGUCGAACAUCGGCGCCUGCCGGGACGCUCCUUUCCUGACCAUGAGCAACAUUUACAUCCAGGAGCCCCCCACCAACGGCAAGGUUUUGCUGAGAACAACAGCAGGAGAUAUAGAUAUUGAAUUAUGGUCAAAAGAAGCACCAAAAGCAUGUCGAAAUUUCAUCCAACUUUGUAUGGAAGAGUAUUACAAUAACACAAUAUUUCACAGAGUAGUACCUGGCUUUAUAGUGCAGGGAGGUGAUCCCACUGGUACUGGGUCAGGUGGAGAGUCAAUCUAUGGAGCACCCUUCAAGGAUGAGUUCCACUCACGAUUGCGAUUUAAUCGAAGAGGACUUGUUGCUAUGGCAAAUGCUGGUCCCCAUGAUAAUGGGAGUCAAUUUUUCUUUACAUUGGGUCGUGCUGAUGAACUUAAUAGCAAGCACACAAUCUUUGGAAAGGUUACAGGGGAUACAAUAUAUAACAUGUUGCGCUUGGCUGAAGUAGAAGUUGACAAGGAAGAGAGACCGCUCAGUCCACACAAAAUAAGAAGUAGUGAGGUUUUGUUUAAUCCUUUUGAUGACAUUGUUCCAAGACCAAAUAGAAAGCUGAAGAAGGACAAACCAGAAGAAGAAACUAGAAAGUCCAAAGUAAAAGGCACAAAAAAUUUUAACCUGCUUUCCUUUGGGGAGGAAGCUGAAGAAGAAGAGGAGGAAGUCAGUAGAGUUAGUCAGAGCAUGAAGGGAAAAAGUAAAAGUAGUCAUGAUCUGCUGAAGGAUGAUCCACAUCUAAGCUCAGUUCCUGCUGUCAAAAGUGAAGAAGCAAGUGAAGAAAAGGAUUUGAGUGAGGAGGAAGAAGACCAUGAUGAAGAUGCUGAUAGUGUAGAAGGCGAAGCUGCUAGCGAUGAGAGAUUCCAAAUGAAAGAACGCAUUGCCAAGAAGUUGAAAAUUGAUACAAGUGAAAAUGCUAAACAGCAACUUCAAGAGGAAGAAACUAAGUCAGAAAAGAAAACAACUAGUCGCAGUGAGGAGCUACGGAAAGAAGUGCGACAGCUGAAGCGUGAACUGCUGGAAGCAAAGCAGAAAAAAGAAGAGCGAGGUUUAAAACCCAAAGAAAAGGAAGAGGAGGAACCUGCUCCAAACAGCGUUGUUGAAGAAUACCUUCAGGAGAAGAGAAAAUACGAAGACAAGAGGAAGCAGCAGCCAAAGAAAGGAGUUUCUCGUGAAGAUCAGACACUGGCACUGUUGGACCGAUUUAAAUCAAAAUUAACCCAGGCAAUUGAAGAAACUCCUGAAGAUGAGGUUUCUGAACCUGAAGUAGAUAAUGAUGAAGGAUGGAUGUCACAUGUACUUCAGUUUGAAGAUAGAAGCAGAAAGGUUAAAGAUGCAAGCAUGCAGGAUGAAGACACUUUUGAGAUCUACGAUCCACGGAAUCCUGUAACUAAGAGGAGAAGAGAAGAAAGCAAGAAGAUAAUGAGAGAAAAAAAGGAAAGGAGAUAAAAAGAGUGUAAAGCCAGCCAGAGCUGCCUUGAAAAGUGACUGCAAUAAAGUACUGGCUCUUUUGCAAGCUGUAGUUUCUAAAAAUAUCACUGGACAAGUGUGAAAAGGAAUCUCUCUCAAGAACCUGUUGUGCAGUUUUGAAGCAGAGCUAUCAUUUGUUUCUUAAGUUGUGCAGUCAAGUGCUUGCAGUGCAUUUAUUAUCCAACCUCUCUAAAGGUUUUUAGAAUUGUGUAUUUUAAUAAAACAGCUGGCUUGAUUUUUUUCUGUGUUUUAAUUACAGUAGUUACUGUUUAUUCAACAUGUGCUAAUCAAAAAGUUUUCAAAUUAAUGAAUGAGAAUUUGUCUAAGUAGGAGUGAAAUUAGGAGGCAGAAAACCCAUCUGCAGGCUUUUAAGAUCUUCUGAAAGUAUUAUUUUAAUUAUCUGUAUUAAAGGCACAUGAAUGUUACAGUGGUAAAUGCUACCUGCCUGAAGCACUCUGUCACAGAAUUAAGAUGGUGCACUUGCAGAAUUCUGUAAAUGGUCCCGGCUUUCUUGAAACUAACAAAAUUUAAUUUGAGAAUUUGGUUAUUUUCUCCUUCUUUUGAAAUAUGUAUUCCAAUACAAAUCCCUGCUUGGGAAGCUGGGAUAACACGCAAUCUGAGGAGUGUUAUUGCAGUAUUUGGACCACAUGAACAAAAAGAGAAUCUGAACAUACUGUAGUGGUUGCUUAAACUGUUGCAAUACCAGAAACAUCCCUCUGGUAGAAUUAUCACUGCAAAGUAGCUGGUAAUGAAGAUUGGUUUGUUAAUUAGUCCAAUACAGAAGUGAAAAAAAGUGAUCAGCUCAUAAAAAACAUAACCCUUUUUUUUAACAGUGAUUUUACUGGUUUUUGUCUGAUCUUACUGAUUUUAUCUGAAAAUGUACAGCUCAAGUUUCCAGUUUAAAGACUUUCCACAGAUUUUUCAUCCCCGGAUGCUAAUAUUUUUACAGAAAAAAAUGGGAAUUCUCAGUGCUCCUUACAGCAUUUCUGAUGCCACAGAAGCUUGAAUUACCCAUAUGGGCAAUAGCUGAAGAAGAGUGAGUGCAAGUGAGCAAGGUCAUUAAAAGGUACAACCCGA